CAGUUUUCUUUGCUAAGAAUGUUAAUAUCCUAUUAAUGAUUGUUAAGUUACAGCAUGUGUAAUCUAAUGUCUACUCUAGAAUGGUAAAAAAGUUAAAAACAAGCUAGAAUAAAUAGAGGUAAUUAAUAAACACAUAUGAUUAAGUGAUCCAAAGAGACAUAAGAGAACCUAAAUGCUUCGUAUGUCUCUUGGAAAUGAUCUUGUCCAGCACUUCUCAGUAGAUGAGGGGAGCGGUUUCAUAUGUGGUAGACCGUUGCAUUAUCUGCUAGUUUCCUUAGGAUUGAGGGACAUACCAUAGAGAAGUUUGGAUCCAAGAGAGCAGCUCGGUCCAGUUGUGGAAAAGUCAGGCUAGACGGUUAAGGCGAGAGAGUGACAUGCUCCAACUUCCUGGCUGUAAUCACAGGUGAGCAGAAAAUGGUCCUUAGUCUCAGCAUCGGUGGAGCAGAUGCAACAAGAGGGUGAAACUUGGAUGCCCCAAGAUGCAAGGCGCACUCUGGUCGUAUACGAUCAACAUUUUGCACCCACAUUGUGAAUAAAUAUGUUGGAACUUGAUCCUUUGAACCAGAUAGUAUCAGCCCACUGUUUUGAUGUUGCUUGGUCUUAAAGCUUCCCACGUGAGAGCUGAGGAGAAUGUAGUAGACAUACUUUAACCAGCAAAACGAUGACUAUAAUAUUUGGUAAAUAGUGCGUAAUAGUAUAGUAUUAUAAUUAUGGACACAGUAUAGUCUAUUACAACAAUCUUCCUCUAUUAAUAUGCAUCAGGUGUUUUAUACUAUUUCGUUAACAAAUAUAGUAUUAGUUUCCCAUCGUGUGAAGGUGUCAAGCUCACAGACACCUCGAAAAAAAAAUCUUGUCUAGUUUUGUGCGAAAUUGUUAUAUCCUUGGAGAACUUUUGGUUUGUCAAUUUUAGUUCUCCCUGUUGUCAUUAUAAAAAUUCAAUACUCAUUCAUUUUCUUAUAAACUAAUAUUAUAAGUUAUAAAACUUCAAAUUCAUGUUGGUAACUAAUGUAUUAAAUUAUGUUAUCUUGUUUCAUAGUUUUAUUUAUGAAAUAUAGAUUUUGGAUCAAAAUAUUUUCUAUAGUAAUAAUUAAAUUAAUAAACUUAGAUUUGAAAUUAAACACUUACUAUAUUUGAACUGAAAAAAAAUCAGCGACACUGAAAAGAAAUUCAAUGACACUGAAAAGAUUAUAAACAAUCACAACCCAUAAAACAACAACAAAAUAGUAAUAGUUUUUCUUCAAAAAAAUAACAAUAACCAAGGGGUGUUCAAUCCGGUAAAAAUUAACCAUUUAAAACCGACCAGUCCAAAAUAAAAAAAAAUAGUUUAGAUUUAGUAGUACCGAAUAAACAGAAUAUAUGUUAUUGUUAACAAACCGCAUUAUAGGGAUAUAGUUUACUAUAUUGACCGAUCCAACUGAAUAAACGGGAGAAAUCGAUUAAUUAAUAUAUUAGUAUAAUUAUAUAUAACUUUUAUAAUAAUUUGUAUUUGGAUCAGUAUUUCUAAUAAGAAUAAAAGAAAUUGGCUAUAGUAUUAGCCACUAAAAUCAUAAGAUAAACGUAAUUAUGAUAUCAUCAGCAGAUAUUGUUAAUAUCUAUUAUUAGUUAAAUAUUCAAAAUAUCAUGAUAUUAUAUAUUAACAAUAUCAUGAUAAUUAAACUAAUAAAUUAUUUUAAAAUCAUGGAGAAGAUGACAAGUAAUCAAAUUUAUUAAAAUCACAUAGAAGAUGAUGAGUAAGCAAAUUGAUUUAUCCUAAAAUCAUGGAGAAUAUGACAAGUGAUCAAAUUCACAAUAAACAUGGGUAAGAUAACAAGUAAGUAAAUUUACUAAUCAAAUAAUAGUAUAGAUAGAUUCAAAUUUAUAACAUAAAACUCAAAUUAUUUUGAUUUAUUAAGGCCAACAGAUCAGUUAAGCCAAAAAUAUUAAUGUGUACAGAAGUGGAAAAGCCCACUUUGGAAACCCAUUACAAACAUUUUUAAUCUGUUUUAAGCAUAAAACAAAUAAAUUACAUAAGAAUUACUAUACAAUAAUUAUAUAUAUAUUAAACUCUUAAAAAUUAUUUUCUAUGUGUAUAAAUAUACAAAUUUAUAUAUAAUGUCUAACAAAUAUGAAUAUUUUCAAACAUAAAUAAUCAUCAUAAUUUUAAAUAGAUUAGAUCAUCUUAUAGAAUUUGGUCAUAUUUUCUUUUUUGGUCAUAUUUUCUUUUCUUUUUUAAUUCAAAAAUAUUUUUGAAACGAUUUUUUAAAUUUUUUUUAAUAUUUAUAAAUAGAAUUAUAUAUUCAAAAAUGAUAAAUCAAUAGAAAAAUAAUUAUAUAUUCAAAAAUGUAAAAGUAUAUAAAAUGUAAUGAAUUAUAGUUUUGGACAUAUAAUUUGGAUUUAAAGUACAAUAGAUAUUUGCUAAGUAUAACUAUUUUUUUUUCUAGAUUUUUUUAUCACAUAGAUUUUGAAAAUCACAUGAAUACAUAUGAUAUUUUGAAAGUUGAGUCUUAUGAGUAAAAAUGAAUAGAAUUCAUUUUCCAGUAACACUAAAUUUAGUUAGAAUUAAAGAAUCAAUAAUAACUAAACUUUUUGAAUAACAAAGGAUUUGAAUGGAUUUUAAAAAUUCUUAAAUCAAUAACAAUGGAUUCUAUCAAGAUUUUUGAAAUCUAAUAACGAAUAACAAUGGAAUCUCAAAAUUUUCAAAGUUCAUGAGAAUUCAGUUACCAAUAACCUAUUUUGAACUGAAAUAAAUUCGGCGCUUUUAAAGUGUUGCUAAAGAUCUAGUUAUAUAUUACAAUUCAUACUUAUCAAUAAAUAUUUGCUUAGUCUAAAAAGUAACAGUAUCAGAAUGUCAUUGACCAAAAUAUUAUUUACCAAAAUAACCAUUUGUUGACCAAAACAAUUUUUUUGACCCCUUACAAUAACCCCGAAUAUAAAAAGGGGGGAGAUGUCUACUCCGUAAGAAACACAUUCAAAACAUAAAAUUUCAAAUGAAUAAGAGAGAAUAUAUGUUUUCAAUUUUAGAUUUUGUUUUAGUACUGUUGGUGAUCGCUACCGUUGAUGCCAGUGUUCCUGGAGGUGGAGGGUUCGAUGAAAACUAUGUUGUUACGUGGGGAAAUGUCUUAAAACUCAACCAAGGAGAAGUCCAGCUCUCCAUGGACAAAAGUGCAGGUUCUGCUUUUGAGUCUAAACACAAAUUUGGAUCAGGAUUCUUUCAAAUGAGAAUCAAGUUGCCUCCAAAAGAUACUGCUGGAGUUGUGACAGCUUUUUAUUUGACUUCGAAGGGUGAUACCCACGACGAGGUAGACUUCGAGUUCCUGGGGAAUAGAGAUGGAAAACCGAUACAAAUUCAAACAAAUGUCUUCAACAAUGGUCAAGGAAAUAGAGAACAAAAGUUUGUUCUUUGGUUCGAUCCAUCCACAGAUUUCCACACUUAUGGGAUUCUCUGGAAUCCGUAUCAAAUUGUGUUUUACGUGGACAAAAUUCCAAUACGAAUAUUCAAAAAUAACAAAAAAUAUGGCGUAGGAUAUCCAUCAAAGCCGAUGACAGUGAUUGCUAGUCUGUGGAACGGUGAGGGAUGGGCAACAGACGGUGGUAAGGCCAAAAUUAAUUGGUCAUAUGCUCCUUUUAAAGCCAAUUUUCAAAGUUUUUCUGAUUCUGGUUGUCACGCGGAUGGUGGGAACAUUAACGCGGAAGCAUGUGGUUCAACAACCUACUACUGGAAUACGAUCCAAUAUAGUAGGUUAAGUGCAAAUGAAACUACGGCAUUCAAGAAUGUGAGAGCGAAGUAUAUGAGGUACGAUUAUUGUUCUGAUAAGCGUCGGUUUCCUGUUCCUCCUACGGAAUGUCGAUUGAAUCAGUGAUGGGUAUCUGAAAAAGAUUAUUAAAGAAAAGUAUCAGACUAGUGCUUGCUAUCUAAUUUAUCUUUAGAAUUUAAAAUAAUUUUCAAUAAAAAUGAUAUUACUAGUAAUUAUACAUAUUUAUAUUACAUAGACAACUCAUCAUAUAUUCUUGAUCUAAGUGAAGUCCUUAGACGUGUAACGUUUUAUUCUUGCCAAAAGCCGUAUAAAAAUUCACUUGUAACGUUUUAUUCUUGCCAAGAACGUAUCAAAAUUCAUUCCUACUCUAGAAUAUGCAAUGUUUAACCAGUUGUUUUUUUUUUGUGCUAAGAAUGAAAAUAUCAUGUUAAUGAUUGUAAGAGUUACAGCAUGUGUAAAUUAAUGUAAUCUAAUGUCUACCCUAGGAUGGUAAAAAGGUUAAAAACAAACUAGAGUAAAUUACAUAAGUGAGCCGAAAUACUUCUGUUUCUCUUGGCAAUGAUCAUGUCCAGCACUGCUCGGUAGAUGAGGCAAGCGAUUUCGUAUGUGGUAGACUGUUGCAUUAUCUGCUAGUUUCCUUAGGAUUGAGGGACAGACCGUUGAAGAAGUUCGGAUCCAGUAGAGCAGCUCGUUCCAGUUGUUGAAAAGUCAGGUUAGAGGGUUAAGGCAAGAGAGCAACAGGCUCCAACUUCCUGGCUGUAAUCACAGGUGAGUAGCAAAUGGUCCCUAGUCCCAGCAUCUGUGGAGCAGAAGCAACAAGAGGGUGAAA